AUGACGGAACACUUUGACGUUGCAGUUGUUGGACUUGGUGUGAUUGGAAGCGCAGCUGCGUACCAGGCCGCGCUGAGAGGCAAGAAAGUCGUCGCAUUUGAGCAAUUCGAGCUGGGCCAUGUGCACGGAGCCUCGCACGAUACCUCUCGAAUUGUCAGAACAGCAAAUGCGACACCCGAAUACGUCUCUCUGGCCCAAUCUGCAUACAAGGACUGGGCCGAUCUGGAAAGGGCUACAGACCAGAAGCUCUUGACGAUAACCGGCGGGGUGAUGUUUUUCCCCAAGGACACAACCACUCCAAGAAUCGAUUUCACGAACAGCUUGGCUGCCAAAAAUGUGCCUUAUGAGCUUCUGGAUUCCAAGGAGGUCAAAAAACGUUGGCCGCAAUUCGACAUCGCGGACACGGUUGAAACGGUAUAUACAGCCGAUACCGGCAUGGCUCAUGCCGCCAAAUCAGUCCUCGCUAUGCAAGCUCUGGCAAGGACGCACGGUGCAGUGUUGAAGGAGAACACGCGGGUGGACUGCGUGACGCCAAAGAGAUCUGGCACAGGUGUCGUGAUCGAGACAUCCAAGGGACGCUUCCACGCAUCCAAAGUUAUCCUCGCCACAGAUGCCUGGACGAACAAGCUUCUUGCUCCACUUGGCGAACAUAUUCCCCUGACCGUCAUGCAAGAGCAAGUGACAUACUUCAAACCGACACACCCCCAAGAUUGGGAACCCAGCCGUUCCCCUGUGUGGAUCUGGGGUGGCAGACAGAAUGAGACUUUCUAUGGAUUUCCAACUUAUGGUGAGCCAACUAUCAAGGUUGCUCGCGAUACCUCAAACAACUUCAUGACGCCCGAGCAACGUACUUAUGUACACUCACCUGAGUUGCUGGAGGAGCUUUGUUCGUUCAUGGGCAAGUUCAUGCCCGACAGGGGUCGCCAGCCGCUUCGCACUAUUACCUGCCAAUAUACCAUUACUCCAGAUCGGCAAUUUAUUAUCAGCCCAUUGGAGAACCAUCAAGAUAUCAUUGUUGGUCUGGGGGCUGCCCAUGCAUUCAAAUUCGCACCGGCCUUCGGCCGUGUUCUCGCGGAGUUGGCCAUUGAUGGGAAGAGUACUGAGGAUAUUUCGAAGUUUGGUAUUCCGCAGAGUCCUACUUCUACUACCAAGCUCUAA